GGGCCGACUCGGCUCGGCCGUCCGCCCCCGCCUGCCUGCCGCGCUGCCCGCCUCCCCGCCGCCCGCCCGGGGCCAUGUCCACGGGCUCCGGCAGCGAGGCGGAGGAGCUGCCCGAGAUGGACCUGCGGGCGCUGCAGCUGGACUACCCGCCGCCGCCGGCCAAGCGCCAGCCCCGCGGCGAGCUCUACCCCUCGGGGGACAACUCCUCGGCGGCGGAGGAGGAGGAAGAGGAGGAAGAAGAGGAGGAAGAGGACGGCGAGGGCAGCUGCUCGGCGGGGCCGGCGGGCAGUGGCUGCAAGAGGAAACGGGCGCGGGGCGGCGGCCCCGGGGGCAAGAAGGCGGCGUCGGGGCCGCGGGGGCCGCCGCCCGAGGGGAAGCAGUCCCAGCGCAACGCGGCCAACGCGCGGGAGCGGGCGCGGAUGCGGGUGCUGAGCAAGGCGUUCUCCCGGCUGAAGACGAGCCUGCCCUGGGUGCCGCCCGACACCAAGCUCUCCAAGCUGGACACGCUGCGCCUGGCGUCCAGCUACAUCGCCCACCUCCGGCAGCUCCUGCAGGAGGACCGCUACGAGAAUGGCUACGUCCAUCCCGUCAACCUGACUUGGCCGUUUGUGGUUUCAGGAAGACCUGACUCUGACACCAAAGAAGUUUCUACUGCCAGCCGAUUAUGUGGAACUACUGCAUAGUCAGGCUAAAUUGGAGAUUUUUUUAUUGUUGUUGAUCUUUUUUUUUUUAAUGGGUUGGAUAUUUUUAAGAGCUGUGACUUAUCGUCUCAGGACUAGAAGAUGGGGCAAACCCCCAUCUCUAACAGUGUUAAAUCUGCAUCCCUCAUCAUUCUUUCCCCUUAGUGUUUUGAGGGCAGAUUAUUUAAAGCAGUAAAGAAUGGAGGCGGUUGAAAUGAUAGUUUUUAUGAACUGACUGCAGCAGCUGAAGUCUAAGACUUGGCUUCAUCAUUCUUACCACUGCCUGAGGACCUGCUGUUCUGAGGCUUUUAAACUAAUGGAAGAGGAAUAUAAUGAUAUAGAAUUAACAGCAUGGACCAAAAUACAAUUCUACAAACUAACCCCAAACAGUGUUAUUUGUAUUGUAAAGCAAAACAGUAUUUUAAAGUAGCUUUGAAAGUCAGAUAGAUUUAUAAUAUAUUUUGAUGGCUUUUGUAUUCAUGGAUAUGGUUUACUGCAACUAUGCAAUUAGUCAUACUUUUUUUCUUUUGGUCCCUUUGACCAGAGUUUUCUUAAAAUGUGUAAGUGGACACAUUCUGCUACCACUCACUGGAAUUAUAGUAAUUCCUUUGGUUAUGUCUUGAAAUGCCACGUGUAAGAAUGUGGGACUGUCCCUAGAAAUAUGGGGGAGUUUCUGUGCCUUAAUCUGGAAGGGAAUUCUGCUUACUGUAAGCCCAGAGUGCAUGUGUUGUAAAGAAUGUGUUUGUAUGAUGCUGCAAAAUAACAAGAAUUCACAGUGUUUUAAAUAUUUUUCCUGUACUGUUAUGCUUAUCAUUGAAAAGUUUGCUCUCAAAUGAGUUAGUGUGUCAUUUCUUCACAGUUUCAAACAUUGUAACAAAAGAGGAUGCCAUCAAAUAAGUUGCAAAUGUAAAUAACUCUAUUUUUUUAUAAAUGACAUUAAAAGCUUGGUUACAAUGA